AUGGCUUCGCGUCUCGCGCAGUUAGCGAAUCAGCUUGCUCCUGAUGCCAACGCCAUCAAAAAGUCGGACUAUGCGGUUCUCGAGCAACCCAUCGGCACAACCCGACGCCUUCGGGUCGCGUGCGUCGGAGCCGGUAUGAGUGGGAUGAACAUGAUUCGCACGCUCCGACUGCAUCUGACAAACUACGAGCAUGUCGUGUAUGAGAAGAAUCCGCAAGUCGGAGGGACCUGGUAUGAGAAUCGGUAUCCCGGGUGUAAAUGCGACGUGCCGUCUCACAACUACCAAUUCUCGUGGCGACCAAACCCGGAAUGGAGCGAGUUUUUCUCGCCCGCCAGUGAAAUCCAAGAAUAUCUGUGUCGAGUCUGCGAGGAAGAGAAGAUGGGCGAGGUGAUAAAAUUCGAGCACUUGGUCAAUCGAGCCGAGUGGCGCGAGGAGACUGGAACAUGGCGUCUCUCGGUCCUGAAUCAGCGCACCAAUGAGACGUUUGAGGACUAUUGUCAUUUCUUGUUAGAUGGAUCCGGGAUUUUAAACAACUGGAAAUGGCCCGCCAUACCGGGGCUCCAUGAUUUCCAGGGAACCCUGCUGCACACGGCAAACUGGGCCAAUGAUUUCUCAUGGCACGGCAAGACCGUGGCCGUCAUCGGCAACGGGUCCUCGGGCGUGCAAGUUCUCCCCGAGGCGCAAAAGGCAAGAACUUUCGCUACUCUUGAGCUUUUGGCGCAAGGUGCAGGUGAGGGCAUCAUGAACGAGAUUGAGCUCGACGAAGAUGGCAAGUUUUCGGCGCGUCAGGUUGAGAAGUUCAAGUCCGAUCCUGCCUUUACCACCAGUUCGUCAAGCUUGUGGAAGAGGUGGUCAAUGGAAACUUUCCAAUCCCUGACAAUGCUACAGACCCAAAAGAACACUGAGUUCGCCAAGCAAAUGCAACAAAACGCCAAGGCGUACAUGACGGCUGCCUUGAACGGAGACGAGCGUCUCUGCAACGCCAUGAUUCCCGACUUUGAGCUCGGAUGUCGGCGCCUGACACCGGGCGUGGGUUACCUCGAGUCGCUGAGCGAGUCCAACGUCACGGUGGUCACGGAUCCCAUCGUCAAGAUCGUAGCUGGCGGCCUCGAGACCUCGGCUGGACAAACCAUUGUCGUGGAUGCAAUCAUCUGCGCCACUGGCUUCGACGUCUCCUUCCGCCCGCGGUUCCCCAUCAUCGGGCGAAAGGGAAACCUGCAGGAUACAUGGAGCCAAAACCUGCCGAAGGCGUACAUGUCUUGCGCCGUGCCGACGUUUCCCAAUUUCUUUACAUUCCUCGGACCAAACGCGCCCAUUGGCCACGGGAGCGUGUUCACAAUCACCGAACACAUCGCCAAGUAUCUCACCCGCAUCAUCAAAAAGUGCCAAACCGAAAACAUCAAGGCCAUCGAGCCCUCCCAGAGAGCUGUGGAUGAUCUUUUUGAACACAUCCAAGCCUUUAUGCCGCGCACGUCAUGGGCCGGGAAUUGCAUCUCGUGGUUCAAGAACGGUACCGUCGAUGGGCCCGUCACUGCUCUCCAUCCCGGGAGCCGAAUCCACUUUUUCCACAUGCUGGAAAGUUUCCGUGGAGAGGACUGGGAAUACACGUAUCUAGAGGGCCGCAACCGCUUUGCUUACCUCGGGAAUGGAUACUCGACCAAGGAGUUGGGAGAGGGGACCCGACUUGGUACUUGGAUGAGCCGGACAAGUUGUAGAUGUUUGGGGAAACCGUCACCCACAAUCACGACCCCGACCCCGACCAACGCCAAGCCUCGCGCAUCUGGAGGCCCCGAACCAGAAGAGCCAUUCUCCGUCGACCAUGUCGAAAGCGAAGCAACCCAGCAAGUAACCAAGGCGAGGGAACGCAAGCUUCUUCGCAAGGUCGAUCUUUACGUUCUUCCCUGGAUCUGCAUCACCUACGCCCUGUCCCUGAUCGACCGGACCAACAUCGCCGCCGCCAAGAUAUCCGGCAUGGAAAAAGACUUGAACCUCACCGGCAACAAAUACUCCAUCGCACUUCUCAUCUUCUUCAUAACCUACAUCCUCACCGAGAUACCCUCCAAUGCCAUUCUUCGACGCAUCGGUCCGAGGACGUACCUGACCAUUAUGCCGGCUACCAUCUAUGUCAUCACUUGCUGGUAUAAGCGACACGAGGUCCAACAACGACUUGCCAUCUGGUUUGUGAGCGGCUCUGUCAUCUCUGGCUUCACGGGAAUCCUCUCCUACGGACUCAGUCAAAUGGAAGGUCAAGGCGGUCUUCGAGGCUGGCGAUGGAUCUUCAUCAUCCCAGGUCUCGUCACCAUAAUUGCCACCGUGCCGGUCUGGCUGUUCGUCUCCGACUUUCCGGAAAAGGCUCGGUGGCUGAAGCCCGAGGAGUCCCAACUAUUGCGAGAGCGGCUAUCUCGAGAUUCUGGCGAAGAUAUCAGCGCCGAAGUAGACACGAAACAGGGCUUUAAAGAAGCCCUAAAGGAUUGGAAAGUAUACGUUCUCGGUAGCAUCUUUGGCUUCAACGUGGCACUGAGCCAGAUUCUCACGACCCCGCCCUACAUUUUCUCCGCCAUUGUUUCCAUCGGUACGGGCAUGAUUGCCGAUCGCGUCAAGUUGCGAUCGCCAUUCAUCGUGGCAUACUCUAUGCUGAGGCAAUUUGCCGUGCCGGUGCAAACGGUUUGUGGCGGUAUCGGUGGCAUUGUGGGAUCGCUCGUUUUCCGCGCGCAAGACUACCCGGGCUACCGCCCCGGUCUGUACGCUACAUUCGCAUGCAUGGCUGUCAAUGCUAUCAUUGCAGGAUGCCUCGCUUUGUACUUUUGGGGGCAGAACAAGAAGGCCGACAACGAGGGUGUUGUCCUCGAGGGGGUUCCCGGUUUCCGUUAUACUUUGUAA